UUGUGUGUGUGUCUGAGUUGGUCCUGUAGGCUGCAAGUUGUUUCUCUGAGGGGAAAGCCCACAAAAAUUUAAAGUCACUUUCUGAAGUCUGCCCCAGUUCUGUCCGGAUCAAGAGCCAUACCGACCACAGUUAGAAGGUGGCUACUGGCCGCAGACCUCUCUUCCGGAACGAAAGCCGCGCGGACAGGUUGUUUCCGGGGGGUUGCCUGAGACUGGUGCCCUGUUGCGCCCCGCCCCUCACACGGCCACGUCCUACCGGAGCUGCCGGGCUGGGUCACUGAUGGAAUCAUGGUAUUACUUGGUUUGACUUCAAGCCAUUUGUGAGACAUUAAACCUUACGCUGAAAACGGAAAAUAGAGUAAGAUCCUUCCUAGAAGGUCUGGGUUGUUGCUGAUGGCAGAAACCAAACUUAAUCCAGACUCAUAUCUAGCUCCUCAGAGUCUUAGCCUGGGCUGUGCUGACCAUGGAUGGUGCAUCAGCUAAACAGUAUGGCCUCUGGGAAGACAAUUCCAGCAGUGAUAUAUCAUCUUGCCCUGAAGCCUCACUGGAGACGUUGGGCUCACUGUCACUACUGCCUGACCAACCAACCAAAGCUCAGUAUGCCAAUGUUGAGGUAAACAACAGCGUUUUUAGGGAAGGAGGAAGUCCAGAUAGAUCCAGCCAGGAGGCCCUCUCUCAGAAUGGGCAGUUCCCAGACCCUCCAUUGUCUCUUGAUCCCACAGCAAGCCCAGUGGUACCUGAUGCCUCUGCAGGUGUGGAUGGUUUCCAUGACAACCUAAGGAUGUCUCAGGGAACUAGUGCUGAGGGCAGUGUUAGAAAAGAAGCUUUGCAGUCUCUCAGACUCAGUCUUCCCAUGCAAGAAACGCAACUGUGCUCCACUGCUUCUCCACUGCCCUUGGAGAAUGAGGACCAGAUCCGACUGCAGGCCCGGAAGCGUCUGGAAGAACAGUUGCUACAGUACCGAGUGAAGCGCCAGCAGGAGAGGUUCAGUCAACCUGCAACAAAAAUGAAACUUUUUAGUACACUUGAUCCUGAGCUCAUGUUAAAUCCAGAAAAUUUGCCAAGAGCCAGUACUGUAGCUGUGACAAAAGAGUAUUCCUUCCUGCGUACCAGUGUUCCUCGAGGGCCCAAGGUAGGCAGCUUAGGGCUGCUGGCGCAUUCUAAGGAGAAAAAGAGUUCCAAAUCAAGCAAGAUUCGGAGUCUGGCUGACUACAGAACUGAAGAUUCAAGUGGCUCUGGUGGCCUCGGAUCCACUGCUGAUGCUGUUGGAGCUUCCCUGAAACAGAGUAGAAGCAGCACUUCAGUUGUGUCUGAGGUUAGCCCGUCACCUGAGACUGAUAACCGUGUAGAGAGCACCUCACUGACUGGGGAUAGUGUGUUGGAGGCUGAUGGAAAUGAAAGUGACAGCUCCUCACACAGCAGCUUCUCUGCAAGAGGGGCCUGCAGUGUCCUGGCUAAUGUGGGCAUGCCGGGAGCAGCUUAUAUGGUUGAUGGCCAGGAGAUUUCUGCUGAUGCCCUGGGCCAGUUUCCUUCAAUUAAAGAUGUACUACAAUCUGCAGCAGCCCAGUGCCAGGAUCAGAACCAGGAAGUCAACGGGGAGGUACAAAGCCGCAGAGACAGUGUCUGCAGCAGUAUGUCCAUGGAGAGCUCUCUUGCUGAAACACAGGAUGAAAUGUUGCAGAUUCUUAAAGAUAAAAUGAGACUUGAAGGACAGCUGGAGGCUUUGUCUUUAGAAGCCAGUCAGGCACUUCAAGAGAAGGCUGAGCUACAGGCCCAGCUUGCUGCCCUGAGCACAAGGCUGCAGGCACAGGUAGAGCACAGUCACAGCAGCCAGCAGAAGCAAGACUCCCUUAGUUCUGAAGUGAACACUUUGAAGCAAUCUUGCUGGGAUCUGGAACGGGCCAUGACUGACCUGCAGAACAUGCUAGAAGCUAAAAAUGCCAGCCUGGCAUCCUCUAACAAUGACCUGCAAGUGGCAGAGGAGCAGUAUCAGAGACUGGUGGCCAAAGUGGAGGACAUGCAGAGAAACAUGCUCAGCAAGGACAACACAGUGCAUGACCUUCGGCAGCAGAUGGCAGCCCUACAGAGUCAGCUCCACCAAGUACAGCUGGAGCGUACAACACUGACCAGCAAACUACAAGCAUCACAGGCUGAAAUUACAUCGCUGCAGCAUGCCCGGCAGUGGUACCAACAGCAGCUUGCGUUGGCCCAGGAAGCCAGGGUCAGGCUGCAGGGAGAGGUGGCCCACAUCCAGGUUGGACAGAUGACCCAAGCAGGCCUUUUGGAGCACCUGAAGCUUGAGAAUGUGUCCCUGUCUCAUCAGCUGACAGAAACUCAGCAUAGAUCCAUCAAGGAAAAAGAGCGCAUAGCUGUUCAGCUCCAGAGCAUUGAGGCUGACAUGUUGGAUCAGGAAGCAGCAUUUUUACAGAUUCAGGAGGCGAAGACAAUGGUGGAGGAGGACCUCCAAAGGAGGCUGGAAGAAUUUGAAGGUGAACGGGAGCAGUUACAGAAAGUGGCAGAUGCAGCAGCAUCCCUAGAGCAACAGUUGGAACAGGUGAAAUUGACAUUGUUCCAGCGAGAUCAGCAGCUUGCCGCACUUCAGCAGGAGCAUCUAGAUGUGAUAAAGCAGCUCACCUCCACGCAGGAGGCUCUACAGUCCAAGGGGCAGUCUCUUGAUGACCUGCAAACACGUUAUGACGAGCUACAAGCAAGGCUAGAGGAGCUGCAGAGAGAGGCUGACUCUAGGGAGGACACAAUUCACUUCUUGCAGAAUGAGAAGAUUGUUUUGGAAGUGGCUCUACACUCGGCCAGGAAUGACAAGGAGGAACUUGACAGAGGAGUACAGCAAUUGGAAGAAGAUACUGAAGAGACAUCAGGACUAUUGGAACAGCUGAGACAAGAAUUGGCUGUCAAGUCCAGCCAGGUGGAGCACUUGCAGCAAGAGACAGCCUCAUUGAGAAAACAGAUGCAGAAAGUAAAGGAGCAGUUUCUUCAGCAAAAGGUAAUGGUAGAGGCCUACCGGCGAGAUGCUGCUUCCAAAGACCAGCUCAUUAGCGAGCUGAGAACCACAAAAAAACGGCUGGACUCAGAGAUGAAGGAACUGAGGCAGGAGCUAAUGAAGGUGCAUGGAGAGAAGAAGAUUGUGGAAGUAGAACACUCGCGACUGCAAAAGGAGAUGUCCCUGGUUCACCAGAAGAUGGCAGAUCUCGAGGGGCAUCUUCAGUCAGUGCAGAAAGAACGAGAUGAAAUGGAGACUCACCUGCAGUCUUUGCAGUUUGACAAAGAGCAGAUGGUAGCCCUUACUGAGGCCAAUGAGACACUAAAGAAACAAAUACAAGAGCUGCAGCAAGAAGCCAAGAAGGCCAUCACAGAACAGAAGCAGAAGAUGAAGCGGCUGGGCUCAGAUCUGACCAGCGCUCAGAAGGAGAUGAAGACUAAGCACAAAGCUUAUGAGAAUGCCGUGAGCAUUCUUAGCCGUCGCCUGCAGGAGGCCCUGGCUACCAAGGAGGCCACAGAUGCAGAGCUUAGCCAGCUCAGAGCUCAGAGCACUGGUGGUAGCAGUGACCCUGUCCUACAAGAGAAGAUUCGAGCUCUGGAGGUGGAACUGCAGAAUGUUGGCCAAAGCAAAAUACUGUUGGAGAAGGAGUUACAGGAGGUGAUCACAAUGACUACCCAGGAGCUGGAAGAGUCCCGGGAGAAGGUGCUGGAGCUGGAAGAUGAGCUUCAAGAAUCCAGAGGCUUCAGAAAGAAGAUUAAACAUCUUGAAGAGUCAAAUAAGAAACUGGCUCUAGAGUUAGAACAUGAGCGAGGGAAGCUCACUGGCCUCGGACAGUCUAAUGCAGCUUUGCGGGAACACAACAGUAUCCUGGAGACUGCACUAGCCAAGAGGGAAGCUGACCUGGUGCAGCUGAAUCUCCAGGUGCAGGCAGUUUUACAGCGCAAAGAGGAGGAGGAUCGCCAGAUGAAGCAACUUGUUGAAGCCUUACAAGCCUCAUUAGAAAAAGAAAAGAUGAAAGUAAACAGCAUGAAGGAACAGAUGGCUGCAGCCAGGGUAGAAGCUGGACACAACCGCCGUCACUUUAAGGCAGCUACUUUGGAGCUGAGUGAAGUGAAGAAGGAACUGCAGGCGAAGGAACACAUGGUACAGGCAUUGCAAGCUGAAGUGGAUGAGCUUCAGAUUCAAGAGGGAAAGCAUUCUCAAGAAAUAGCACAAUUCCAGACUGAGCUUGCAGAAGCUAGAACUCAGCUCCAGCUCCUACAGAAGCAGCUGGAUGAACAGAUGAACCAGCAGCCCACAGGGAGUCAAGAGAUGGAAGAUCUCAAAUGGGAAUUGGAUCAGAAAGAACGAGAAAUUCAGUCCCUGAAGCAGCAGCUUGACUUAACAGAGCAACAUGGCAAGAAAGAACUAGAGAGUACACAACAGACAUUCCAGACUAUCAAAUCUGAGUUGGAAAUGGUACAGGAAGAUCUGUCAGAGACCCAGAAGGAUAAGUUUAUGCUUCAAGCCAAAGUGUCUGAACUGAAGAACAACAUGAAAACUCUUCUGCAGCAGAACCAACAGCUCAAGCUGGAUCUUCGCCGUGCUGCAGCCAAGAAGAAAGAACCAAAAGGUGAGUCCAACUCCUCCAGCCCUGCAACACCCAUCAAGAUACCAGACUGUCCUGUCCCAGCCUCACUGAUAGAGGAGCUACUGAGGCCACCACCUGCUGUGAGCAAGGAACCCCUCAAGAAUCUCAACAGCUGUUUGCAGCAGCUCAAGCAGGAAAUGGACAGUCUGCAGCGCCAGAUGGAGGAGCAUACCAUCACUGUGCAUGAGUCUCUGUCCUCGUGGACUCGGGUGGAAGCUACCCCAGCAGAGCAUGCCCAUCCCAAGGGAGACACAAAACCACAGAGUCAAAACAAUGUUCCCAGAGAAGGGCUGGGCCAAUGACUACUUGUUCUCAUCACCACGUAUUUGUGCCUGCUGAAGGAAUAUUCUUUUGUCAAUAUUAUUUAUUUGAUUGUGUGCUCUGGUGGUUUUUUAAGAGAUGAGAUUUAAAUUCCUAUUUGCGUUUUAUCAAGAAUUAAAAUAACAAUGAGGCAAGAAUUAAAGAAAUAGUUA